CUUCAGGCGAGUCGUCAUGUGACGUAAAUGUCAACAUCACCGCACAACAAAACCAACCAAUUUCCACGUAAUAGACGUUGUUCUUCUUCACAUACAAAAAUGAGCAAGUUUUAGUGCUGCCUUAUCCAAUUAACUCUUGUGUCAGCUGUCAGCUCUCUGUUAUUUGGCUGUCAUUACACAGGAUGGCUGUCCCUCGCAGUGGCCAGUCCUCCCUUGUACACAGCUUGGCAACUCUCCUCAGAAAUGAUGGCGACGUGGUGCUGGACGGCACCAGCACUCUGACCUUGCCGGCGGGCAGCUUGCAGCAGCUCACCAGGCUGUUCGAACAGUAUUUGCUGUCCAGGAGCCAGCAGCACGGGUUCCUUGCGUUGCCCUCCCACCCCGCCGACACUGCCUCCCUGCUACAACUGCAGUUCCUGUUUGACGUCCUGCAGAAGACCAUCUCGCUCAAGCUCAUCAACCCGCCGGCGACGAGACUUCAGUCUGUGGUGAAAAUCUUCCCAUUCAAGUCUUUAAAAUAUUUGGAGCUGAAGCGAGUGCCUCCACACUGUCUAGAAGGACUCAGAGGAGUUUACUCCCAGUUGGAGGUUUUUACUUGUUCAAAGAGCCUUGACUCUCUGGAGGAACUGCUUUCUCUGUGUGGAGGGGACCUGAGCUCAGCACUGCCUUGGCUGGAACUGCACACGCUCAACUUCAGCUACAAUUCCAUUGUCUGCCUUGACCAGUCACUAAGUUUACUGAACGUCCUGAAGUCCUUGGAUGUAAGCCAUAACAAGAUUCAGGAGUGUGCGGAAUUUCUAAAGCCCCUGAGUGAACUGCAACACUUGAACCUGGGCUACAACUGCCUGCAGGUGGCGCCAACGCUGGGCCUCAGUGCCAGGGCCAAACUCCUCUCACUCGUCCUCAGAAACAAUGAACUGGAGACCAUUAACGGUGUGGAGCAGUUGUCUUCUCUCCAGCACUUGGAUCUGGCAUACAACCUGCUGUUGGAGCACUCCCAGCUGGCUCCGCUCUCCCUGCUGCACUGCCUCAACACGCUUAACCUGGAAGGGAACCCGCUGUACUUCCAGAAGACCCACCGUACCUCCACCGUCCGACAUCUGUCCCCAAAAGCUGCAAACCUCAGACUCAAACUUGACGCCUCCUUGUUGUCCUCAUCUGAGUUAUCAGUUUUGACAAAACAAGGCCAGCGGAUCGUCCAGGUCCAGCCUUCACCUCCGGUUGCCAUGGCUGCAGAAGCGUCUGUGGAUGUGUCCAGCGGUGCCGGGGAGCUGACUGACAGCAUGUCCUUUGGAGACGUGGGAGUCUCUCGCAUCCGGAAGAAGAAAUCCAAGAGUAAGGUGAGAGUGCGGCGGGCCAGUAUAUCCGAGCCCAGUGACACAGACUACAGUUCCAGGCUGCGUUCCUCCUCACAGAGCAUUGUCCUCCCCCACCAGCAGGAGAUUGAGCGCAUGUCCAGCUUCAGAGACCAGCUGGGAGAGGAUUGGCUGAGGUACCAACAUCAACUCGAUGGAUCGUCCAACGUCACCAUCAACACGAACCAGCCCCCUCCUCAAGGUCAACCCCUCCGCAACAACACCACGUGUCUGUCCGACAGCCCCGGGCAUCCGCCGUCUCCAUGGCCCCGCAAAGCCCCGGAGGUCCUCCCGCCUCCACUGCUCUCAUCGGAGUUGAGGCUGGAGGCCUCCGCGGAUGGAGACCAGGAAACCGACUCUACCCUUCAGGAGCCUGGUCCGAACUCGCGGUCCACCUUGGAGGACAGCGCGGUGGAUGGCCUGGUGCUGAGUCAGGGAGUGGUGAGCUCACCUGCGCCGAGUUCAGAGUCCCAAAGGUCGGCAGGUGGCGAGAGCAGAGUUGCCGAGGAGGAGGAGGAGGAGGAGGAGGAGGAGGAUCAUCUGGGAGUGGAUCUAUGUCGCCCCCUACUUGUGGGUGUGCUCUCUAACAAAGAGGAAGGAGAAGUCGAGGGGCCGGGGGAGAGCGGUAAGAGGAGAAGCGAGGUGUUCCUGCGCAUCAAACAGCGCCUGCUUCUGGAAGUGGACAUGCAGUGCGGCCGGGAGAGAUGCCGUCUGGAGCUGAGCAGCCUGGUCCGGGUGGAGAGCACAGAGGCUGCGUGGACGCGAGGGGAGACAGAAGAGAUACUCCCAGCUGUGGAGCUUCACUUUGACUACAUCAGCAGGGAGAAAAGGAGGAGACUCUACGUCCUGCUAGACGACGACCCACAACAGGCCCGGCAGGCUCUGACUGACGUGCUGACUCAUGUGGCGGAGGAAAACCAGCAGCGCCGCUCUGAGCGCCGUCCCAGCUGCGUCCGCCUGCAGUGCCUUCGCUGCAGGUCAGAGUUCACGCUUAAGGGAGACAAACGGGAGGAGGUGGACGACGAGGAGGAGGCGGGGGGGAGGAUGAGGAGGGGGGCCGCCUCGCUACCAGGAGGUUCGGAAGAGCUUCACAAUGAGCUGACUAAGUUCUAUGACGACACCAAAGGAGACGGUCACAUUUGUCCAGAAUGUGGUAGCAAUCAUGUGGUGCAGCUGGCUGGCCAAUCCGCUCCCUACUCCAGCACGCCCAUCAAGCGCCCGCUAACGCCGGAGAGAGAGCACGACCACCUCGAUGUGUACCACAGCACUCCACGCACAAAUAAGGAUGAGCACACAGACGGCAGCGCAGGGAGUAGCCCGCUCCCGGAAGCUGUCGCAGCCUCGGGGGACACCACCUUCGUCUCUGCUCGGGGAAGCUCCUUCUUCAUCGGGAAGGACGGGGGCGACUCCUCCGGCAUCUCCUUCUGCAAGUCCCAGAGUAAGGACGAUCUGGCCGGUAGCUACCGGUACACCCCUACGGGAACACCGCCGGAGGUCCGAGGCCCGCCUGCAGGAAGGACCACCCCGACCGAUGAUUUGGACCUGCUGGCGGAGGACUGUGAGGCGGUGGACCAUCGGCUGCAGCUUUUCCUGGAUGUGGAGGUCUUUGAGGAGGAAGAAGAGCUUCACUUUUUCCUCAAGAUGUCGACUGUCAAAUUCGGAGAGCCGGGGCAGGUUCCCUCUCUGCUGGUGGUCUCAAACCAGCGGAUCUACUUUUUGGAAAUUAUGGCAGAAACCCACAGAGGCCAGCUCUCUGAUUGGCUGCAGAAGCGGGACAGCCACCCGAUCAUGGAGCUCAGCUACCUCGAAGUGGGACUGGCCUCUCAGAGCAUCCACAUGGAGUUUGUGGGAGUGGCCUACACCCUCCUCGUGAGGGACAGUGUACGCUGCAAACGCUUUUUUGGCCUGCUGACCGGAGUUGUGCGUGAGAUGGCUCACAAAUCGGACAGCAAGCUGAUGUCCAUCUCCACCACCAGACUCGGCCCUCUGCACCACCUCUGGCCUCUGGUGUGUGAAGACAUCCAGGCAGAUGUGGAGGAGGGCCAGCUGCAGUUUUUCUACAUUCUGGCUUUUGUUCUGCAAGAGGAUAUCUGGACGCCGCUCACCGUCCUGGCGACCCGGGAGACCCUGUACCUGCUGCGAGAGGAUCACCAGUGGAGGAAAAGCUCAAGCAGCCUGACGGGGAAUGAAAGCCAGGAUCCCAACAGCGGCAGCGUCUCCGUUUUAGAAACGCUCCCAAUCAGCUGCGUCAGCUCCGUGCACCUGUGGCCUUCCCACCAGUGCAGGAUGGAUAUCAAGCUGUACGAUGAGACGUUGAAGGAGGAGAAGACGUGGUGCGUGCGCUCCGAGAGCGCCGAGCUGCUCCAGGGUCUGCUGGCUUGGGUCAGAGCACAGUGGGAGGCGAUGUUCGGAGUAAAACUGCACACAAGCUUGCACCCGGGAGGGAGGGCAUGAAAACAACUGCCGUGUGUUUUCUGGACAUGAAUCGGUACGGGGAAAUGUGUAUCGAGCGUGAGCAAGUCGUUCCGUUGUUGCGCCCGCACGCCGCCUGCACUCCGGUCCCAUUGCGCUCGGCGCCUUUCGCCGUCUCUCAGGCCAGCAACUCGGGAAUGAUCGCGCACAUUCACAUGGCACUCAGGCCGGUAAAAGCACUGGUUGCGUGAUCCUUUAACCGCCCAGAUGACGCCCCGCUUUUCUACAGCUGAAAUGGAGGGUGCCUUCUUUCAUUCACAGAUUCGAGUUCUUCAGUCACUGAAGCAUCCAGUGAUCGUGGCGUCGCCAUAUCAACACAAAGCUGAGGUGCGGCUCCUGGCAGGGUCACAGAGGGUCACCUCACGCCCCAAUUAGGGUCUUACGAUGCGUCUGCAGCCCCGUGGAAUGUGACCUGAAAGGGAUGCCACAAGUCCAAACGAGCAGAAGAAUGUUGUUAUGGCUAGAAAGUGGGCAAAGUAUGAAAUAAUGUUGGUUAAGCACUGUGAUUGUUCUCUAAGUUCAGUGGAUGUAAUGUAAUGGAGAACCUCUGCUGCAGAGAAGGUUAUGAAUGUCACCGUCUGUACAUAAUAUCAUGCACAGAUUCAGAUUAAACAGUAACUUAUUUAUGUUAGCUUUUUUUUCAAAUGGGUUAAUGCUAAAAAAAUCCUUUUUAUUUUUAUAUGAGCCAUGGUGUGUAACGUGUUAGUGAAUAUAAAAGUAAAGUGUUUCUUUGUGUGGUUUCUUUGUCAGAAUCUUGACUAGCUAUGCAUUUAUUUUUAUAGAGGGAAAUAAAAGUCACUUUUAAACUUCACUGAACCAAAGCACUGCAAACACUGUCACAAAAAGCCGGGCGGCUUAUGCCAUUGUGCGUGUUGAAUAUGGAAACUUGUGAAUGACUCAUGUUAGCUUCUCCCGCAGUUCAAUGCUGCAGUUGAGGUCCUUCUUUGUUACUAAAUAAUAGCUGCUGUCUUCACCAUCCUCUUCUACUUCGCUGGCUCUGCUUAAUCACUCCAUGAUUUCUGGCAUCAGUGAAGGAAUGCAGAAAUAAAGUCCAGGAUGUUUGAUUACUUGA